CCGAAAGAUAGUUCGAUUUCUAAGUUACGGAAAGUUUAAUUAUGGUUAACAUUCUGCUUGUUAUUCUCCAAAGAAAGUUUGUUGAACUUAAAUAUAAUUUUCAAAACUUUGUUUAUUUAAAAUUCUAAGUCAUCGAAAGCAUACCUGGCGGUUGAAUACUGAGUAAAAUUAUACGUUUGUUAACUAAUACAAAAGUAGAAGGGGAGCCGUUCUCCAUCAACUGCCCUUCAACUUUUCCUGGACGUGAAAAAUUUCCUGCGUAAAAGUUAUGUGAUGGCGUCGCAAGAUAUGGCACUUGCGUCUUGUGAAGAAGAUGUAACAGAUGGUUGCCACAUAUGCAAAUCAAAAUUUGAGCAGCCAAGAGUUUUAAGCUGUCUGCAUGUUUUCUGUGAAGAAUGCCUAAAGAAGCGUCUCUCUGAAAAUGGAUUUGUGCAAAAUACUCUGGAAUGUCCAGUUUGUGGACAGGAAACGGAGGUUAAUGGGAAAGGAAUUUCAGGAUUGCCCCUGGAUUACAUAGCUUGUAACAGAAUUGACUUAAAAGCUAUGGAAAAAACCCAAAUUGUGUGUACCAGCUGCAAAGCAAAGGAGACUGCUGUUGCUCGUUGCACUGAAUGUGCAACAUUUCUAUGUCCAAACUGUGUCACUGCUCAUCAGUUUAUGAGAUGUUUUGAAAGUCAUAAAGUACUGUCUUUUGAUGAGAUGAAAGGUGGUGGCGAAAACUUUACUACUAUCCAUAAACCUGUUGCUUGUGCCUCUCAUCCCGAUGAAGUGAUGAAAUAUUACUGUCAUACAUGCCAUGUCCCUAUUUGCAAUGAAUGUAUGGUUGUAGAUCAUAAGCAACCUGAACAUUGCUAUGAGAAAGCUGUUGAUGCUGAACAGAAGCAAAGAGAAGAACUCCAAAACUUAAUUACAGAAAGCAAAAGCAAAGUACAGUUCUGUGAUGAAGCAACUUCUGUAUUGAAUUCUCACUUGUCUGAACUUGAAAUGCAACGGGACAAUGCCAAGUCUCAUAUUGAAGAAACAUUCCAAAGCUUUAAAGCUUUAUUGGAGAAAAGGAAAGAACAGCUUUUGAAAGAACUCGAUUCAAUACACUCUUCUCAAGAGCUUCAAAUCAUGGAUACUUAUCACAUCUUUGAGAAGACUAAUGAAAAGAUUGAGGAUGCUUGCAAAUUUACAGAAAGGCUUUUAGCCUGUGGCAAUACUCUUGAAAUACUAAGUUUAUCAUAUGUUGUUGGGAAACAGUUGUUAUCAUUGAUUAAUAAUACUCCGAAACUUGACAUCUCAGUUGGAAUAACGUUUGAAACUGAUGAAAAAAGGUUUGAAGAAAGCAUAAAAGAAGCAUUUGGAAUUGUAAAGAAACCAGAGCCUCCUGUUAAAAAGGAAGACUCCCCUGCAUCUCAAAAGACCUCGCCCAUGCAUUCCAGUUCAUCUUUUGAAAGUGAUGCAUUUAGUCUCUCAACUGGUGUCCUUACUCCUGAGAAUCCUCUUCCUUCUCUGGAUGUGGAUCUUGCUAAUAAUAUAGUAGCUCAGUAUAAUCUAGCCCAAUUGGCGGGCAUGGCGGAAAGAAGCAUAUCUCAGAAUUCAUGUAAUGCUACUACACCCCCUCUCAAUUUUUCUGAGCUUUUAUGUCCUACUACUGAAGGUGACGUAACAGCACAGUUUAAUGCACUCACUAAUCUUACAGCACUAGCAAAAAUGGGCUCUAUAUCCAUAAAUAAUGGUCAACCGUCUUUAAAUGGUCAGAUGGCUAGUUUGAAUCUGCAUAAUAAUCCUAUACCUAAUUCUCCACCAUCUGGAAAUCAAGUUUUGAGAGUCAUGAACACUCCAUCACCCAUUGAAGGACUUGAAAGUCUGCUGGGAAGUAACCCUAUUGUUAAUACUGGUUCCAGAGUUGGAAGUCCUUUGAAUGGCCCAGUAAUGAAUGGAACUCCUUUGCUUGGACAUGGACUUCAUAGCCCUCCUAUUUUACCACCUUCUGCUUUAUCACCUAUCUCGGGGCAGACAUAUAAUCCAACACCAAGGAGCUCUUCUGUGAAGCUGAGUACCAUGCAAAUCAGAUGCAAAUUUGGACAAUUGGGUCCUGGUAAAAGUCAGUUCAGCUCGCCACAUGGAUUUUGUUUGGGGCUUGAAGAAGAAAUCAUAGUUGCUGAUACUAAUAACCAUCGGAUUCAAGUGUUUGAAAAAACUGGUGACUUCAAAUAUCAGUUUGGAGUUGCUGGUAAAGAGGAAGGUCAGCUUUGGUAUCCUAGAAAGGUUGCCGUGAUUCGAAGUUCAGGUAAGUUCGUUGUCUGUGACAGAGGAAGCGAGCGAUCAAGAAUGCAAAUUUUUACAAAAACUGGACAUUUUUUGAAGAAGAUAGCAAUACGUUACAUUGAUAUUGUAGCUGGCUUAGCCAUAACUAGUGAAGGCACCAUUGUUGCUGUGGAUAGUGUUGCUCCAACAGUAUUUAUUAUAUCUGAAGCUGGAGAUCUUUUACAUUGGUUUGAUUGCAGCGAAUAUAUGAGAGAACCAUCUGACAUAGCUGUUUGUGCUAAAGAGUUUUACAUAUGUGAUUUUAAAGGUCAUUGCGUUAUAGUAUUUUCUGAAAAAGGGAAAUUUCUAAGAAGAAUUGGCUGUGAAAAUGUCACUAAUUUUCCUAAUGGAAUUGAUAUUAGUGAUGCAGGUGAUGUUUUGGUUGGAGACAGCCAUGGGAAUCGUUUUCAUAUUGUUGUUUUUUCAAGGCAAGGCAAUUUGUUAUCCGAAUUCGAGUGCCCUUAUGUUAAAGUUAGUCGAUGUUGUGGGCUUAAAAUAACAUCGGAAGGUUAUGUGGUUACAUUAGCCAAAAAUAAUCAUCAUGUUUUAGUUUUAAAUACGUUAUAUAUUAUGUAAAGAUUGUGGCCUCUUCCAUAUAUAGACUACCUUUAGCGGUUGCUUAGGUAGUAUUACUUAUUAAAGAGCAUUUAGACUCCAUGUUUCUUUUAAGGCCAGAGUAUAGUUACUGGAUUAUAGAAUUUAUAAAAGCCAUAUCUUAACUGUCAAGUAUGCCAAUUGCAUCGAUAUUUAGAUAUAUUUAGAUCAUAAGGUUGCUAUGUAAUAGUUGAUCUCAUAAAAUGUGUAGUAUAGCAUUUUGUAGUUAAUUCUGUCUAGGAAUUACCCAUAGCAGCUACAUAUGAGUGGACUGAGCUGCCUUUUGUACCAGUCUACAACCUUAGAUAAAAGUAUAUACAUCAUGUAGUCCUUUAGUGUAGCGUUGUUUUACACUUCGUCGUAGCAGAGUGCGUUGAGAGAAUUAUAUUUACACAUCUGUGAAGUAGCCUGUGAUAUAUAUACAUAUAUACAUAUAUAACACCUAAAAUUUACAACACAAUUGCUCACAAUAUUCAUUUAAAAUUCACCUUUUAACGUUUUUCAGAUUGUUGUUUGAAGAUUAAACAAAGUUAUUUUGUAGGAUGACAAUCUUGGCAUUGUGUCUUCUGUGUUGAUGUAUCUACUUAGUGUUCAUAAUUAUAUAUCAACAUUUGUACUUAAAUCUGGAAUUCUGCUUUUGAAUUUUAACGUGCAUAGUUAUUAGCCAUUUAGUUUUAUUUUCCUUAUCAUUUUAUCAUUUUGUAGAAACAUCGAUCUUCCAAAAUAGGAAACGAAUCCUUUUUAUUAUAGUUUAUAUUAUAUAUUAAAAUACAUUUAUCAGAUAUUUUGUAAUUAACUUUGUAUGACUGCUGAACCAAAACUAAUGGUAGCAGUAGAUGUCUUUUAUUAAUUUUAAGAUUAUAUUUUUUGUAUUAUCAUCCUAGUCUUUGUGGAAUGUUUAAUGCUGCAGCAGUUAUCACUUUUUUUUGUGUUUGUGAAAGCUGACAGCACUGUAAUUAGUGCCAAUUCUGUCUGCUUUGUGAAUUUGCUGUAAUUUUCAGAUUUUAUAUCAGAAUAUUGAGAUUUUGGCUGCAGCAAUAGUAUAUACUAUUUUGAAUUUGGAAUUGAUCUGUGGUGUUUGCUUUCUGAUACUAAAUCCUGAAGUGCUGCUUCAUUAGGCAUUCCUGUGUGAAAGAGAUAUAGACUCAAAAUGUAUUCUGAACAAACUCUUCUAUGCACAAUUUGUAAGGCAAGCAUUGGAUAAUGUUUGUGUGCAUUCUGUUGUAAUUAGCUGGGCUGUUCCAAAUAAAUGGGACUGUUCCAUGCUUGCAAAACAAAUGCUUAUGUAAUUGUUUACUGUUAUAUGAGCAUUGGGUGUUUAUUUUUUGUGUUAUUUUGAAAACCAUUUUCAUAUACAAUUGUAUUUAAUAUUUACGUUACUUUUCUUUAUUUAAUCUUUUGAUUUUCAGGUGUGACCAGGUUUAUGUCUCAUCGAAUUUUAAAGUUGUUUUAUAUGCUGUUAGUUUUUUCUCUUUUAUUUAGUGUGGAGAAAUCAACUUCACUCAUUGUAUUUAUACAGAUAAGUGUUCGAUAUGUUAGCAAUAGGCUCGAUCAAUACUUACGUGGCAAAGCAAAAAUUUUUCACUCCUCUAUUCCUGAGUUAGUGUUUACUUUUAUAUUUUCGCCCUUAUGACAUUCCACUAUAAUAACCUUUAUAAAGCUUAUAGUGCUUGCUAGUCUAGUCACAUAGCUGAAAAACACUAAAUGAAGCAAAAGUAGGGCAUAGUUCGGAUUGCCACCAAUUUCCAUUUUUUUAAAAAGAAGUUUUUGAUGUGUUAUUGUUUAUUUAAAGCUAUGUGAUGUUUUUAUUGUGGAAAAUGUAACUAAUCUAUGCAACUAACUGUGCAGGUAAUUAAAUUAAGCACGUCUGGAUAAAAUUUUAAGAAAUUUAGGCAUAGUAUUUCAAAAGUUGAAAAAUAAUUACCUCAUGCAGUUACCAGUAAUGUUGAUCAGAGUCAAAUUUUUAUUAUUUUUUAUAUCUAAUCACUUACUAUGAUUUUCCCAACUUUUUUCCCCCUUCUUUUUUGAGCUUCAAGAUUCUGGAGCUUUUUAGCUAAUUUAUAUGCAAAUGUGAUAACUCUAUCCAGAAAUGCUCUGAAAAGAUAGUCUACUUUUAAUUUAAGAUGUACAUAUAAAUUUAUAUAAGCACAGAUUUAUUACUCAGAGCUUAAAUUCUGGUUAAAAUGAAAAUUAUGAAAAAAAUCUCAAUUUAAUUUAUUUACAAUUAAGUUUUUUUUAUGUAUGUUUUUAAUUGUUUUGUAUUAAAGUAACAAAGUUUUUAAUUUAAUGAUUUUUCAAACAAUUGUUAUAGAUUUUUUUUUUAAAUUUUGAGCUAUUCUUUGUAAUGCGAGAUAAGGGUUAAAAGAAUUAUAUAUCUAAUCCUUGUUUUGUAUGUUUCGAUGAACUUUUAUUGGAGAUCUAAAUAUAUAUAAUGUGCACAUGUUGAUUUCUUGGUUGUUUGCAUAAUUGCACGAUAAUUAUUGUGCAAUUACGAUAAGUAUGUUAAUUAAUGCGCGGCAUGUAUUAUAUGUUUAUUGCAUAAAAGUAAUGUAUAUGAGAAAGAGUUAAUCAUGCUCAUUCUUUUUAAUUGCUUGUACAAGUUUUUGUUAAAAUGUAGUCUGUUUUAAGGUAGUGUAUAUUGUAGCUGCAAAUUUAUUCAAUUUUUAUCUGAAGUUACAAUCAAUAUAUACUUGUUAGCUAUAUUUUUUUUAGAGCUUUACUACUUUAUCAUGCAGAAUAGAUGUAAUAUAAAAUAUUUGUAAAUUUAAGUCUAUGUAUCUGUAUGUCAGCAAUUUUAUAAAAACAGAUACUCAUACAGUAGAACUUCUAUUAAAUCGCAAGGUAAGCAUAACUGCAACUAACUUAACUCAUGAUAUAUACUAAUUCUCGGAAUAAUACUCUCCGUAUAUAAAAUGCAUUUUUUCCUCCUUGAGUUGUAGCAUGUUUCAGCACUCAAUCUCGAGUUAUAUAUAUCUAAUACUAGUAUGGGUAUUAGAUCUAUAUGAUUUCUGUUAAUCAAUUAUAUACAUCUAAUACUCUUGAAUAGCAAUUAUUGAAACCCGGUAUUAUUAUGGAGGUUCUACUGUAUCUCUAUUGCUGAGUAUUCAUAAAUACUCAGUGUUUACGGAUGCAAUUUUUUCUAAUAGAUACUGAUGCUCAGUGUUAACGGAUGCAAUUUUUUCUAAUAGAUACUGAUGCUCAGUGUUAACGGAUGCAAUUUUUACUAAUAGAUACUGGCAAAUUUAUUGCUUGAAUCUUAAAUUUGUUGAAUACGUAAAGUUCGUACCCAACUAAAUAAACAUGUUCAUUUAUAUGAAAUGCGUUUAUAUAGUAUUACGUUAUAAGAGGUGAAUGUGUUUGCUGCCGUAAAUAUUUAACUGAAGUUGCAAUCAAUCAUACUAAUUAAGUAUAUUUUUUUAUUUAAAACUCUACUCCAAUGUCAUAUAAUGAAAUGUAAUAUAAGUUCUUUACAUUUAUAUAUUUAAAGAAAUUUUUAUAAGAUAUCUAACAAUGAAGCUCUCUUAAAAAGGAAGCAAGAUGAAGUAAUUAGCACAUACAAUUGUUUUAGUUGAUAUUUCAUGUUUAUCUUAUUUAAAAGUACUAAGGGUUUUUCCCUUUUUCUGAUUCCUAGUCUGUUUAAUGAAGAUUAUUUUAAAGGUGGCCACCUUUUCUAUGGACCAUUGUAUAUUUGCUUUUACAUUAAAUUAGGCUCAUGAUCUGAUGAAUGCAAUUUUAUUUACAAUUUUGAUUUCUAUUCUUGUUCCUACUUGAAAGUCUCCUAAGAUUAUGAAUUUUCUUGUAAAAAAUCUAUGAAUACUUACAAAAAAUAUUUCCUUAUCAAGUAUCAAAAGUUUCCUAUUUUGUUAAUGAAUGAAUUUUCAAUUAUAAAUCAUAUUUAAAAGCACCAAAUACCUUGUUAAAAGUUGAUCUCCCCCUCUUCUAAAGGCCUUUUUGUACUGAAAUGUUUUAAAAUAAUUCUUUAAAUGCAGUAUUUGCUACCUCUUGUUAAAGUUCAGAACUAUAUUAUAGCCAGUUUACAUUAUAUCAUGACCAGAGAUAUAUCUAUAUAUACAUAUAAUUUUUAUGCCUAUUAUAUAGAAUUUCUGACUCUAGAGUUGUCUUUCAUUAGAUUACCUGAAUACUAGUCUGGAGGCUUAAAUGUGUACAAUUUAAAAAGUUAUUGUAAAAACAUGUAGGGCACUAUAAUGCCAUAACUUUUUUUUACUCUGUGAUGCUGUAGUUAGCUAGAGUAGGGUAGUGUUCCAAGAUGUAGUUUGGUAAUAAGCAAAGUAAAUAAUACUUAUAAAAAAUUUUCUUCCUAGGUAGUAAACAUAUUUGUUUACUUUUGAAUUGAGGUCAUGAUAUAUUUGAUCUCAUUUAAUAUUAUAUGCUUACAACUUGCAACACUAUCUUAUUUAUUCUAGCUACUGUAGCUAUACAUUGUAUUUUUUUUAUCUUAAUGUACAAAUUGAAGUCUCUUAUCUUUUUUACUUACUAUGCAAUAUUUAUUUACCAUGACAAAAUACAGGCGAGCAUUUUCGUGUUAUAUUGCGAAUUUUUCACAUAGGUGGCUUCCGUUUACAUGCUUUUCUUUGAGGCAAUAUAUGAAAAACUUUGUUUUAGAUUUCUGCGUACUUGAAUUGUGGUAUUGCAUGUGGUUCCUGUACACCAAAUUCAAUGCCACAUGUUUAUCAUGCACUGUCCAUUUAUUGUCAGAGUUUACACUUUUUGAAGUUUAUGUAAUCUUGGUCCCUUUUCCAAAGCACUGAAGUAUUUGGUGCUGUUUUACAACCAUAUUAAUGGAGCAACAUUUGUUAAUUGUGACUUCAAAUGAAAUAUAUAUAUAUAUAUAUUAUAUUAUCUUUAUUGAUUAUGAGGAGUUAAAUUUUUGAAAAUGAUUUUGUGCCUAGAUUUUUUGCCAUAUAACCUAUUGUACAUUAGUACAAAAUAAUUGAUCCCCAACAUUCUGGGUGUCGAGUUAGUUUGUUGUUGGUCAUGCUGUUUGCAAUAAUUUAGCAUAAUAAGUAUUUAUAUUAUGCAUCUGGAAUAUGUUCAAUAAAACCAAAGCAGUACAUGAACAAUAGACAUUCAGAAGUUGGAGGGAUCCGGAAUAAGGUAUAUUGCAUUUACUUGUGCUAUUUUUGGAAAAGCGUAAUGGAUGAAGUUUGUAAUAAUGUUCCAUGUUUAUUCAAAAUAAAAGCUGUUGCAUUCUAUUCCUUUGUUUAAAA